AUGUAAGAGAUCUAGAUAGGACUAGUCUUAUUUGUUUCAUGUUUAGCCUUUUUCCUUUUAGGUUAUUAAUGGGCAAUAUCAAAUUAGAAAUCUUAUUAUGAUAGUGUAUUAUUUUCAAUAUCGUUUUUAGCUUGGAUCUGAAGAUGAUGAAUGUAAAGUAUAAGUUAUUUUCUUUAGAAAAACUUGAAUAAUAAUUGAAUGAAUAUAAGUAAAAAGAGGAGCAAUACAUUAAAUAAAUUUAGGAUCUAAAGAAAUAAUUAGGAAUGAAAACUAAUAGUAAGAAUACAGAUAUUUGA